ACCUCUAGUAUCACGAGAUGACUACGCACGUACGACACAACAUGGAUUGAUCCUCCUAACAAAUCCAAAUCCAUAAUCCAUAAUAUUCUCGCCUGCUCAACAGCGCCCUUACCAUCAUCACCGCUCCUCACCAUGCCACCCAUCCCAAGCGCAGUGCAAGAUGCGUUCGCCGACCCUCCGAGCCCUCCAUCGCCAACCGCAAGCUUCUACGACUUGAGUGACGAUGAGGAGGGCGGGUACAGCACCAUAAAACACACUCGGACGGGCAAAGGCGUUAAACUGCUGUACACCAAGAGCAAGGUCUACCUCCACCCUACGCCGUCCGCCAAAGACAAUGUCGCCGGCUACAUCGCUUUGGUCCAGCAGAAGCCCGGCACAGGAUCACUCUCGAGUCCGGGAAGCAGUAAAGACAAAUCAUCGGAAAAGCACAGCCUCUUACUGUCUUGGACGCCCGAGGGCAACUUGGUCGAAUCUAAGGACAUCUACACCAAAGUCGAGCUCGCCGAAUCCGACUCUCCCCCCACACACUCCCCACUCGUCCCCGCUCCGCCCAUUACGACGGAACACUCCUCUUCCUCCCUCGGCGCCUCCGCCUUCGCCGUCCCGCUGAGCGAGAUCUACAGCAUCACCGUCCGCCCUCCAAGCUCAGGCUGGUGGUUCGGCAGCAUUAUCAUCAACACCCGCCACGGCAGCAGCUUCCCGCCCCUCUUCUUCCACGACUCCGAGUGUCAGUCGACGAUUCAGCAGCGCAAAAAGUUGCAAAGAGAGACGUUCGACAUCGCGGGCCAGCACGGAGGCGUAUUCUGGGGCGGAGAUGAAAUCAUCCGGUGGUUGAAGGCGUACGUCACGGCGGAGAGGAGCACGCAAGAGCCCAACAUUUACCUCAUUGACCCGAGCGAUGCGGACAAACUGUCUUUUGCGAGUGGCGGGAAGCCGACGCCGCAGCACGUGAAGAAUGUGCUAGAGGGGAAAAACAAGGACGAUAAGGCUGCUGCGGGAAAGAAUAAGGAUGGACAGGCGGAUCCCGUCGGGACGGCUUUGAAGCAGGCGCGAUGGAGUUUCCUGGAGAAAAUGAGCCAAGUCACCACCUUCACACGCCGCACGGCGCAGGCGGUCGCCGAGAACAAGAACGUGCCGUCGCAUGUUCGAGCGUUGAUGCGAAAUCCGCAGGUGCAGACCGUUAGUGACGAGUUCGACUCUGCGCGCUUGUAUCUCGCUAGAUGGGCGAUGGGCAUCGCGGAGCAGUCCGAGCGCGAACGCAAUCAACGUAUUUGGACCGCGAAGGAUUUACUGGAGAUGGAAGACUCCGAGGUUGGGCAGUUUGAACUUCUCGAUGCCGAGGCGAUGAGUCUUACCGAUAGGAGGAAGCCGGUGACGCAGCAGGAGUGGAAUGGGUAUUUCAACACGCGACUGGGCCGGUUAGAGAAGACGCCGGAUGAGGUCAAGGAGCGAAUCUUCCAUGGAGGAUUAGCUGAUGACGGCGUGCGGAAAGAGGCGUGGCUGUUUUUGUUGGGAGUCUACGACUGGCAAAGCACCAAGGAUGAACGACACGCCAAGAUGAACAGCCUGCGAGACGAAUACAUCCGCCUGAAAGGCGCGUGGUGGGAGCGGAUGGUGGACGAGCAAGGCACGCUGGAAGAGCGCGAAUGGUGGAAAGAGCAGCGCAUGCGAAUAGAAAAAGACGUCCACCGCACCGACCGCCACCUCCCCAUCUUCGCCGGCGAAGACAUUCCCCAUCCCGACCCCGACUCCCCCUUCGCCGAAAGCGGCACCAACGUCCACCUAGAGCAGAUGAAAGACAUGCUCCUCACCUACAACGAAUACAACCGCGACCUGGGCUACGUACAAGGCAUGUCCGACCUGCUAGCCCCCAUCUACGCCAUCGAGCAAGACGACGCAGUCGCCUUCUGGGCCUUCACAAACUUCAUGCAGCGCAUGGAGCGCAACUUCCUCCGCGACCAGUCCGGCAUGCGCCUGCAACUCCUCACCCUCGACCAACUCUGCCAACUCCUCGACCCCGCGCUCUACGAGCACCUGCGCCGCCUCGACAGCACCAACUUCUUCUUCUUCUUCCGCAUGCUGCUCGUCUGGUUCAAGCGCGAGUUCGACUUUGAGCACAUCCUGCGCCUCUGGGAGGCCCUGUGGACGGACUACCUGUCCGCCGAUUUCCACAUCUUCAUCGCCAUGGCGGUGCUUGAGAAGCAUCGCGAGGUGAUUAUCGGGCAUUUGAAGGGCUUUGAUGAAGUGCUCAAAUAUGUGAAUGAGUUGUCGGGCACGAUUGAUUUGAUGAGCACGUUGGUGCGGGCCGAGGCGCUGUUUGGGCGGUUCAGGCGCAUGGUCGAGGCGGUCGAUCGCAAGGCUGCGUUUCCUGCGCCUGCGAACGUAAGGCAGAGACUCCCUAUGCCGCCGGAUACAUCGAAGCCCGGUGCGGAUGGUAGACCGAGAGUCAGUUCUCAGUCUUCUUCGUCCGGUACUGCUGCUGCAGGGCCUCGAGCCGGUACCCUUGGGUCCAUCAUCGCGGGUACGCAGAGGAGGUCGAGUGGUGCCCCGGGUGGGGCAGUUACCAGCGGUCGCGAGCAGAGUGCCGGCCAACCUGGGAGUUCUGUUGUGCCUGAGGGCGAGGAGCCGGAGAAAGAAAGGGUGAUUUCGCCGGAACUCAGAGCGCUGCUGAAUCGCGAGGUGCCGAAGUUGGACAAGGCGGAGGUUAGGGAGCAUGGAGGUGGGGUUGGGAGUUGAUGGACGUCUCUUACUUACUCUGAAGGGAUGUGGCACGAAUGGUUUACGAGUUUCACGUAGGCAUUGGAGUUGAAAGGCAAUGGAGCUGGCGUAUGGAUCUUCAUCGGUUGGCGAUCGCGCUAUGUAUACUAGGCAGGGAAAAGAGAUCUCCGGACUGCUCCAG